AUGUCUACUGACAAUAUCCUAACAAACUCUGAUCCACCAUCUGCCUCUGCAUCUCGUUCGCCGUCACCAGAAAUAACAGUUGCGCCUCCAAGUCCCCGUGAAGAAUCAAACUCAUCAAACGAAUUCAGUAUCGAACAACAACCAGCAGGAACUCCAUCUAAGGAUGGAGAAUCGCAACGCAGACACACUAACAUGGGCUUGCCUGGACAUGACUUCACAUACUUCUUACUGUCUGAGGAGGUAAUAUUAACUGAACUAAGCCGCUUGAGUGCUCCAAAAAUCAUCAACAACGGCGCCCUCCACACUGCCAGUCUUCAACCACAUCCAGCAAAGCACAGUCAAGAUCGAUUGGUUGCAGAGCAGUGGGAUCUUGGAGAACGUGGAUCAUGGAAAUUCAGAGCAGUGUUCGACGGCCAUGCAAAUGGAGAUGAAACAGUCGACCACGUUUUCACUACUCUGCCUUCAAAGAUCAGAUCAUCGUUGACUACUCUAUCUAUACCCCAUUGCACUAACGUGGAGGCGGUAUCAUCCCUUCUGCAGGAAACCAUUUCUGCUAUCGAUAAUUCUAUCAAACAAGGCGUCCUUGAUCUCUUUCCCUCUUCGGAUUAUAUUGAUCAGCUCUCCGAUGAUGAGAUUCGGGCGAUUGUGAAUGACCAGUCGACGGUACUACCUUCGAAAAUUGGGCUUCCCACUCUAGCCAAUAAAUAUGCUGGCAGAGGCCCGAAUAAUAUCAAAGUCACACGAGCAAUGCGUGGCACAACGGUCCUCGUAGUACUGAUCAACUCCGAUGGAGGACUCUGGACCGCGAGUUUGGGUGAUUGUCAGGCUGUCCUUGGUCAAAAAGAAUCUUCAUUCUGGACUACGACUAUACUUAGUACGAAUCACAACGCUUCCGAGCCUUCAGAGGUCGCACGUCUCAAGUUGGACCAUCCAGGGGAAGAAGAGAGUGCAGUGGCGAAGAACCGAGUAUUAGGCCUCAUUGCCGUUACAAGAGCGAUUGGAGAUCACCAGUUCAAACUUCCUAGUAUUUACACCAAGCGCGUAUUUUCGCUCACAAUACCCGGAAUGAAUCGUCCUGACCAUACGCAAAUUAUCGUGAAACGCAAUCUGACUCCCCCUUAUGUGAGUGGAAUACCGGAGGUCAAGUAUGUGAAGCUGCAUGAUGGCGCGCGAGGUUUGUCUCAUCCUCAAGUUUUCCCCGAGGCCACACACAUUGAUACGAAUUCUUGGAAAGAAGCGUGUCUCUUCAUGUGUUCGGAUGGUCUUCUUGAUCUUUACGGAGGCGAAAAUUGGCAGGAAAAACACAUCGAUAUUGCGGAGUUGUGCAAGACCUGGGUAGACCUCGUUGGAGAGAAAUUGGAUUCAUCCUCACAGAGCUUCGACCCGAAGGAGAAUCUCGCACUGUUCCUCCUCAAUCGAGGUCUUCGUGGUCCACCUCGAUCAUAUACAGGAGAAAUUUGGUCCGAAGAGGAAGCCUUGAAUCGGGUGUCAAGUUUGUUAACAUUGGAAUUCAAGGACAAGUGGAUGGAUGACACGACCGUUCUGGUGGAAAUCCUGUAA